CGGCUCAUGUCUCCGAAGACGUUUCUCCAUGAAGCCGGACAGCGGUACUACUUCAGCAGCCCAGCCCCUACAUCCUGGAAGACUUUACGCGUCCACGAAGUUGCGAAAUUAAAGCUGCCGGAGCUCUGAAGUAAAGCCACGCAGGAGAGAGCAUCAGCAGCGACCUCCACCUUUUAAAGCAAAACCCACUAUUUAAAAAAAGAGACUUGCGAAGACUUCAUCUUUAAAGCACUCGACUUCACUUUGAAGGCACUUUAGCGGGGCAAAAAAAAAAAAAAAACAAGAUGACCGACUUCUGAGCGCAGCCGCCGGGAGACCCCGAGGACGUCCCUCCAUCGCCGUCAACUCUGACAAAAGAAGACAAAAGACUAAGAAGUGCGAGUAUUCCCAUCACAGCACAGCCAUGGACUCAGGAAAGCAAGUAACGUUCCCGUUGAUGCUGAGCGUUGGAGUAGCUGUGAUCGGCUCCCUGCAGUUUGGCUACAACACCGGUGUCAUCAAUGCCCCACAAAAGACCAUUGAGAAUUUCAUCAAUGAGACGUGGUCGAAGCGCUACACGGAGCCCAUCACCAAGAACUCCCUCACAGCCAUCUGGUCCAUCGCUGUCGCCAUCUUCUCUGUUGGUGGCAUCUUCGGCUCCUUCUCCGUCGGACUCUUUGUCAACCGCUUCGGAAGGAGGAACUCUAUGCUCAUGGCCAACGUCCUGGCCUUCAUCGCAGCCACCCUGAUGGGCUUUUCGAAGAUGGCGAGCUCCUGGGAAAUGCUGAUUGCAGGUCGUUUUGUGGUGGGCCUCUACUCCGGCCUCUCCACAGGCUUUGUGCCCAUGUAUGUGGGCGAGGUUUCCCCGACAUCCCUUCGAGGGGCCCUGGGCACCCUCCACCAGCUGGGCAUUGUCGUCGGCAUCCUCAUUGCACAGGUGUUUGGAAUGGAGUCAGUCAUGGGCAACCAGGACUUGUGGCCGCUCCUCUUGGGCUUCAUCUUCAUCCCUGCAAUAAUCCAGUGCUUCUUGUUGCCGCUCUGCCCCAAGAGCCCCCGUUUCCUGCUCAUCAACAAGAACGAAGAGAACAAGGCAAAGGCUGUGUUGAAGAAGCUCAGAGGCACCACAGACGUGAGUGCUGACAUGCAGGAGAUGAAGGAGGAGAGCCGACAGAUGAUGAGGGAGAAGAAGGUGACCAUCCCGGAGCUGUUCCGCUCGCACCUCUACCGCCAGCCCCUCAUGAUUGCCGUCAUCCUGCAGCUCUCCCAGCAGCUGUCUGGCAUCAACGCUAUCUUCUACUACUCCACUCGUAUCUUUGAGAAAGCCGAAGUGAAGCAGCCCGUCUACGCCACCAUUGGAGCUGGUGUAGUUAACACAGCUUUCACUGUGGUGUCGCUGUUUGUGGUGGAGCGUGCAGGACGUAGGUCUCUGCAUUUGGUGGGGCUGCUGGGAAUGGCCGGAUCUGCCGUCUUGAUGACUAUCGCCUUGUCUCUGCUGGAUCAGCUCAAAUGGAUGUCGUACGUGUGCAUCGUGGCCAUCUUUGCCUUCGUGGCGUUCUUUGAGAUCGGGCCGGGUCCCAUCCCCUGGUUCAUCGUGGCAGAGUUGUUCUCGCAGGGACCCAGGCCUUCAGCCAUCGCUGUCGCGGGUUUCACCAACUGGACUGCCAACUUCAUAGUGGGAAUGGGCUUCCAGUAUGUAGAGGAGCUGUGCGGGCCCUACGUGUUCAUCAUCUUCACCGUGCUGCUGCUCUUGUUCUUUGUCUUCACCUACUUCAAAGUGCCGGAGACCAAGGGCCGGACGUUUGACGAGAUCGCCGCCGGCUUCCGCCAGACGGCCGCCACCGGAGGAGAAAAGCACUCGCCGGAGGAGCUCAACAGCCUUGGAGCUGAUUCUCAGCUCUGAGUGGCUGCUUUGUAACUUCUGACAAAACUCUUUCUCAGACCGAGGAGGGAGGAGAAGGGUCUACUAACUAGAAGUAGACACUGGUAGAGUAAUUUUCACACUGUCACCACAUUUCGGGCGUCCUUACCAAACACAGAACCGCCGUGUGUGAGUCUCCAACAUGACGUCUUCUGCUGCUCCUCGCACGUCACACAAAGAAACAAAAACUCGAUGGGCACUGUGUCGCCUGGUGGAUGUGGAGAGGGGAGUCGAGGAUAGAUGGGGAAGGUUUUUAAUACUUUAAAGAUAUUUUAAAGAAGGAAAAGGAGUGCCUGCAUCAACCAACCAGCCUUUUUAAAACUUUUUUUCACUGAAUAUAUUACAGAUAUGUGCUUAUGCUCUGUUCGUUGUAGCCUGUUACAGUCGGUUUGUUACUCUGAUUAAAGAGCGCUGUAGCUGUAGAGAUCAGUUCACUGUGCAAAAUACUUCCAUCAAUCAUACUGCAAAGCUGUAUCACUGUAGACUGAAACACUGUAGAUGCUGCACAGCUCGACUUCGUCUCUCACCACCAGAUGGUGCACUGCCCUUAAAAAAAGAUCCCAACUCUCUGCUGAUAUGGAAUAAAUUAUUUGUACCUUUUUAAGUUACUGAGUACACAAAUAUGUCAUGAAUUGCUGUGAAGAUUUAAAAUUUCCUAAUGAAAUUUAUUAGGUCUAUUAGGCGUAUUAUGCAUUGUUGUUUCUUAUUUACUCCUGCAGGACAAUAUUUUACUCUUUUUACUAUUAGGCAAAGUGUUAUUUUUUAUAUAAGAUUUAUGGUAAACUCAAAGAAAUUCAUUCAUGUAUUUUUACACAAUUCCUUUUUAGCUGCACAUUUGGUUAAAUUGAUAUUGGAUCUGUGCAAGAGGAGCAAUAUCUGCACAGAACAGCACCAGAGCUCUGAACUUGGCAGUUUAAUAAAUAAAUCAUCUACUUAUUUUACCAUGACAUGAGAUGGGUGCGCACUCACAAUCAGCAGCCCCAAAACCAAAAAUCUGCCUCACAAAACCAGAGCAUUUGUGAGUUUAAGUGCCCGUCAGAGGCAAACCAAGCCUCCUCUGCCUUCAGCCUCUCAGCCUUAUCGCUUUGGAGCAGUUUCAGGUCGGACUGAUCCAGACUGAAAGCCUCUGUAAGUGGACGAUCGUCAUAUUAGCUUGAGUUGAGAGCACCCGUGGAGCUUCUUGAGUCCGGUGAAGCGGCUUGAAAGCUGUCCGGAUCUUUUCACCCAAACAGGAGCUGCAAUGCUGCACGCCGUUCCUCCGUGACGACUAGGAAGCAUUUUCCAAAAGUUGAAAGAAAAAAGAAAUAAUUGGGACCAAAGUGAUUGUCAGCCUUUUGGAAGGUUUUCAUCACCCUGAAAGUGAUCGUCACCUGUCUUGGGUCGAACUCCAGUUGUGGCUUGCACUCUAUAAUGUCCAUAAUGUGUCCUCGGAGGCGGCCACAUAUUGUAUACUGGUGCAAGGCUUGUUUUGUGCCUUGUGUGUUGAAUUCUGCAGUAUUGUCGGCUCUCUCUCUCUCUGUUUCGGUCGUGUACUGUACACAGUCGCUGGUGAAAGAAACGAUGUAGUCUGGCUCACUUCGACUAGCUGUACAAGUCGCCGUCUAUGACUGCUGUAUCACUUGUUGAACCUUUCUUCUCUUUAAAUGCAUUGUUUGAGGAAAGUUAUCUUUUUAGCCGCACUUUAUUAUUCACAGUAAAUAUUUCAUUGUUACUGAAACAAACACUUUGAGGCUGUUUCAGGUUUUUUUUUUUUUUACUCACAGUGUGGAACCUUUGUUACUGAAGAGAGACUGAAGUACUGCUGAUGGAUUACUUGAUGUUUUUGAAAUGGAAAUGUGGAAUUGUAUCAUUUGUUCAUAUCUAUUACGGUCUUUGUAUGGAGCACACUUGCAGGCGUGUGCACACACAGGCCAGUUGUGAUUAAAUCCGGUAAUAUUAAUAGUCUAAUGAAUAACAUCAAUCCAAAUCCAACCCGGUCAUCAAAUUCCUCUUUAAUCAUUCCAUAAUUGGUUGUUCAUUAUUGUAUAUAGUAGAUCUUUAUAGUGUCUGUUGUCAUUGGAUGGGUCACCUCACCCAUCCUGGAAAGCACUGUAACAUCCACUCUUUGUGCCUUUGUGUGGCUUUCACAUAUCCUCACCAGCAAAAUCAUGAAAUGGCACCAAGAGAUACCCCCCCCCUCACACACACACACACGCACACACACAGAUACCUAUUGCAAACAUCAAAACUGUAUUUAAUGUACAUAGAUUCACAAUUCUGCUCGGGCAUUUAAUUUUUAAUGAAGCCUGUAGCCUUUGAAGUCUCUGAUGGCACAGGUUGGUGGUCUAAACACACAGCAUGAUGUAAAUAUGAAACACACUACAGCCUCACACGCUCCAAAUCUAUAAAAUAUUUAACUUUGAGAAAGUUUUUUGAUAGAUAAAUUAAUGAUUAGUACUGUAGUGAUGUACAUCUCUAUGCAUCUAGUUUCCAUAUUUCUCUUCCGUCUUGAUUUUAUAUCUGAAGAUUGGUUGUGGCCUAAUAAGACUAUAAUAAUUCUGACUCAGAUUUUCCAUGUAGGGAUUGUGUUAAUGAGAUGCAUUCAGUAGUGUUUUCAUUUUAGUGCACAGAGCAUAUUCUAAUGUUUGUAAUAAUAAAAGAUCUGUAUGGUGUUGGAAUGUGAACCUCUCUGUUGAGGGAAUAUGAAUAUUGAUGGUGAUGUCCUGAAUGGUUCUGCAGUCUUGUAUAAGUGGUCUAAUGGCUGAAUAAAAGAAAUCAUGCAUACA